AUGGAUGAUGAAGAUAAGAUCGAUUUUAGAUUAAUGAUUGACAAUAAAUGGAUAUUAAUAACAAAGGAUUUCCAAAGGAGGCAUCCAGGUGGAAGUGUUAUUACUCAUUACAGGAAUGUUGAUGCUACACAAGUAUUCCAUGCUUUUCAUGAAGGAAGCAAAAUUGCUUAUAAGCAAUUAGAACUGCUAAAAAAACGAAAUUGUAUCGAUAUGGUGGAUAGGCCUAAUACUAUCAACGGUUAG